AUGCGAUCAAAUGAGUCUAUGAUUGUCAACAAGACGUCAGUCAUUGCAGUCAAAGACGACGACUGUUACUGUGUUUACAAACAAACAAAUAAGUUGCGGUCAUUAGUGGUGAUUGGAAUCAAUGCAUACAAAGGGAACGACAGGUUCUAUAGGACUGUAGUGAUGCCAGUCAUCCACAGCCUGACCGAUGCGGAGACCGCUCACAGUCUGGCCAUAAAAGCAGCCAAAUAUGGAUUUGUGCCCAAACUUCAGGACGAUUCCUCUCUAUUGCCAAUACUUAAAACCAGUUUAUGGGGACUGGAGUUCAAGAACCCGAUUGGUUUGGCCGCCGGUUUCGACAAAGACGGACAGGCCGUCGAAGGCUUAUCUAAACUCGGCUUUGGUUUCAUUGAAAUCGGUUCCUGCACACCUGAACCCCAACCGGGAAACGAUAGGCCCAGGGUCUUUAGGCUAAUGGCCGACAAAGCCAUUAUUAAUAGGUAUGGAUUCAAUAGCGCCGGUCAUGAGAGCCUUGAGAGGAAUAUGAAGCAAUUGUCACGAAGUGGUAAGAAAGUAAUAAUUGGUCUAAAUUUGGGCAAAAAUAAGAGCACCGAAGAUAUGGUCGAGGAUUAUGUGAAAGGAAUGGUUAAGUUCUGUGACUGCAAAGCAAUUGAUUACUUAGUUCUGAACAUAUCGUCUCCAAACACAUCACAUCUUCGAGAUUUGCAGAACAAAAGCCAAUUGAGAGGACUUAUUGAGAGAGUGUUGAAAGUGAGGGUCGAUAUGAACAUUGAAAAGCCAUUGCUUAUAAAGAUCGCGCCCGACCUCAACGACACUCAAUUGCGAGACAUUAUAGAAAUGGUCAACAAAUUCGCGACAAACAAAUCGAAACGAGGAAUCGAUGGCCUUAUUGUCUCCAAUACUACAGUCGAAAGGCCUGUCGUUCUUAAAAGUAAUGAUCAAUUGGUGGCCGAGACGGGAGGCUUAAGUGGUCUUCCAUUAAGAGAUAAAUCAACGGAAAUGAUAGGAAGAGUAUAUCAGUUAACUAACGGUAGGGUUCCUAUCAUUGGCGUCGGCGGUGUAUUCACCGGAAGUGAUGCUUAUGACAAGAUUAGUGCCGGCGCUUCACUCAUUCAGAUCUAUACUGCGCUCACGUAUGAGGGACCACAAGUUGUCACCAAAAUUAAACGAGAAUUGGCAGACAUUGUGAGGUAUUUAUAG